AUGGCCACUUCAAGUGGGUCUAUGGUACAACCCAUGCCACAUUUUGAUCCGGACAGCGAAAUUGGAACAAAUCUCGCUCCAAAAUGGAAGAUAUGGAUAGAAGAUUUUCAGGUGUAUCUAGUCGCAACGGGCAUAACUGACAAGAAACGACAACGUGCAUUGCUUUUGUAUCAAGCUGGCGCACGGGUUCGUGAAAUAUUUCGCCAACUCCCGGACACUGGGGAUGAUUUGGAAACAGCAGUGGCAAAGUUGAACGAAUACUUUGAACCCCAAAAGCAUCGCCUUUAUGAGGUAUACAAAUUUCGUCAAGCCGCUCAAGAGAACAAUGAAUCCAUUGAUCAAUACCACACUCGGUUGCGAAGCUUAGCAGAACGAUGCCAGUUUGAGAAUAUGGACUUUGACAUUAUACUACAAAUUGUCCUAAAAGAAUCAUCAAGCCGACUUCGAAAGCAAGCGUUACGGGACCCUAAAAUAACGCUCAAAGAUUUACUGAUCGCCGGUAGGCAGAUAGAAAUGAACAUUGAACAUUGAACAUUGAACAUUUAUUUAAACACGGUAAAAUCUUCAGUGUAGAAUAAAAUACAAAAACUAUUAAUAAAUUUCACACAUCACUAUAUACACACUAAUUUCCUAACUAAAAUGCACUGUUUUCCAAGAUUGCCGUGUGGGGAUCCCAUUACAAUGUCAAGAAUUGAUUAAUUUCAUUUUUGAAAUGCCUCAAUGAUUUGGACGUACGUGCAGUUUGAGGAAGCGCAUUCCAUAAACUUGCUCCACUGUAGCAGAAACUACGCUUCAUAAAGUCCGUACGUGGUUUUGGUAAAUUUAGCUUCAUUUCUGCAUUUCUUAAGUUAUAAUCUGUGCUGCGAAAUGUAAACAUGUUUUGUAAACACUCUGGCGUUAGCUUAUUGAUAGUUUUAAACAUUAAUAUAGACUUGUGCUUUUUCCUACGUAAGGAAAGAUUGUCCCAAUGCAGUUUCUCUAAGAGAAUGCUAGAGCUGACAUCGUAGUUGGAUUUCGUAAUCACUCUAGCAGCUCUAUUCUUUUAAGUGGCCGACAUUGAACAAAAACAAUUCGAACGGCAGGAACUACACGCUCUACGGAAAAACACGCGUCAACAGCCUUCCAAAGGCACUUGUCGAAAUUGUGGCGGCGAAUGGCCACACGAGAAGGGCAAUUGUCCUGCUCAGGGCAAAGAAUGCAGAAAGUGUGGCAAGCUAAAUCACUUCGCCAGACAAUGUCGUUCGUCGAAACCCGACAACGAAGUACCGAAUCAUUAUCCAGAGAGUAAUCGCCGGGGUAACAAGAUCCGACCGGUUGUUAGCCCUCCGGAUAAUCAAAGUGAAUCCAGUUCAAGUGAUGAGUCCAGCUAUUGUUAUGCGGUCAAGACAACAGCUAAAAAUAACCCCACUACUAAGGUCACAAUAAACAAACAUCAGGUGAAAUUCACCGUAGACACAGGCUCCACUAUUAAUGUCAUCGACCAGUCUACCUUCAAGCAACUGGGACCAAUCACACUUCGCAAGACCCGUAUCAAGGCCUAUCCCUUCAAUGGAACGGUUCCAGUCAAAAUGAAAGGCAAGUUUCAAACCACUGUCGAAUCGCGGAAGAAGAUCACUGUGGCAACCAUUUAUGUGACAGAAGCCGACGGGGGGUGUAUCCUUAGUGCAAAAUACGGCCGAAGACUUGGGGCUUAUCACAUUACAUUUGAACCACAUCAAAACUACAAAACCCAACAGCCAAGCAGCCCAACAAGGGAAUAUUCCAGACAAAGGCGUACAACGUAUUGUAAACAAGCAUUCCAGGGUUUUUCAAGGACAGGGCAAAUUGCGUAACAAACAAAUAGAGUUGAUUAUCGACGAAGCCGUGAAGCCAGUGGCUCAAAAGCAACGUCGAAUACCCUUUCACUUGCGCGAAAAAGUAGAACGUGAACUGUCCAAAUUAGAACAUGAUGAUAUCAUUGAACCGGUACCUGACACCGAAGAAACCGAAUGGAUUUCUCCUCUGGUCAUUGUUCCUAAGAAAGACGAUAAGAUACGGUUAUGUGUUGAUAUGCGAGCAGCGAACAAUGCAAUCAAACGUGCUCGACACCCAAUUCCAACUGUGAAGGAUGUUUCGUUAGAACUAAACGGUGCUAAGUUUUUCACAAAACUGGACUUGACGCAAGCAUACCAUCAGCUAGAAUUAUCUCCAAGUAGUAGACACAUCACAACAUUUGUCACACAUACGGGUAUAUAUAGAUUCAAACGACUUAAUUAUGGAACUAAUUCGGCGGCAGAGAUAUUUCAACAUACGUUACAGCAAGUCUUACAAGGCAUCAAGGGGGUACGGAAUAUCGCAGACGACAUUCUUAUAUUUGGAAGCACUUAUGAAGAGCAUAACACAUCUUUGGAAGAAUGCUUACAACGAUUGGAGGACAAUGGGCUAACCUUGAAUUUGGGUAAGUGCUUGUUUUUGAAACAGAACCUUGAUUUUUUUGGUCUGGUGUUUUCUAAGGACGGUGUUAGCCCAGACCCAAAGCAAAUAUCAGCCCUUGCGAACAGUACCACUCCAACAACCCCAAGCGAAGUCCGUAGCUUACUUGGACUGGCAAACUUUAGUGCUCAAUUUAUACCUAAUUUUGCCACCAUCACAGAACCACUUCGUAUGCUUACCCACAAAAACAUCCCAUUUACAUGGCGGGACGAACAAGAGAAUGCAUACCAAACCCUAAAAACUGCCUUGAUAAGUAAACCUGUGAUGAGCUAUUUUGAUCCGGGCAAAGAAACAGUCAUAAUAGUUGAUGCCAGUCCAGUGGGACUAUGUGCAAUUCUAGCACAAAGAGCCAAAGGUUCAACAAAAACACAAACAAUAUCCAUGGUAGUCGAGCACUUACCUCAACUGAGAAACGCUAUUCUCAGACCGAGAAGGAAGCCCUUGCGAUUGUUUGGGGUAUAGAGCACUUCCAUCUGUACCUGUAUAGGGCCCCAUUUACACUAUACACAGAUCACAAACCGCUUGAACUCAUUUAUGCAAACCCCUUGUCAAAACCCCCAGCUAGGAUCGAAAGAUGGAUCCUGCGGUUGCAGCAAUAUGAUUUUAACGUGGUGUACAAAGCGGGGAAAGACAACCCUGCAGAUUUUUUGUCACGUCACCCUUUGCCAGGCAAAGCAAAGGAAAGCAACAUAGCUGAUGAAUAUGUUAACUUUGUAACUGUUGCAGCAGUUCCCAGUGCACUCACUCUUAGCGACAUCAGUAAGGCUACACGUGAGGAUAAAGAUCUCUGUACCUUAAGAGAGGCAGUUGAAACAGGGCACUGGGUGAACAAUAGUCAGCUAGAACCAUAUAAGUAUAUUAAAGCUGAAAUCACAGUUGACUUUCAUAACAAUGUACUACUACGGGGCAUACGAAUACUAGUUCCCUCAUCUCUUCGACAACAAGUCAUUAACAUUGCGCAUGAGGGGCACCAGGGCCAAGCCAAAACGAAAGCGCUGCUGCGAGAAUCAGUAUGGUUUCCCGGGAUGGACAAGGCAGUGAAAGAAACAGUAGACAGCUGUUUGGCAUGCCAGGCAAACUUACACAUUAACCCACCAGAACCCAUACAGUCACCACCCAUGCCCGAUCGUCCAUGGGAGAAAGUUAAAGUUGACUUUUAUGGACCUCUCCCAUCGGGACACUACCUGCUGGUAGUAAUUGACUGUUAUUCACGAUUUCCUGAAGUGGAAACUCUGAAGUCCAUUUCAGCUAAGAAGGUUAUUCCUAAAUUGGAUUCGAUAUUUGCGAGGCACGGUAUCCCUGCUCAGCUCACUUCUGAUAAUGGACCGCCAUUCCAGGGGCAUGAAUUUAACCAAUACAUGACUGCCAUGGGUAUAAAACAUUGCACCUCCACACCGUUAUGGCCGCAAGGAAAUGCAGAGGCUGAAGCAUUCAUGAAGCCUCUUGGCAAAUGUAUCAGGUCUGCACACUUGCAAAACCGACCAUGGCAGCAGGAACUCUCAAAGUUCUUACUUACAUAUAGGCAAACCCCACACUCUACAACCAAAGUUCCCCCAGCACAACUUUUGUUCAAUCGCAACAUUCAAGGGAAAUUGCCAACAAUUACACCAACUCUAAUAGUCAACAGACACAGCGAAGCACAGGCAAACCAAGGACAACAGAGAGAUAAGGCAAAGCAAUAUGCAGAUAAGAGACGCCAUGCUCGACCAAGCAACAUUAAAGUUGGUGACCCGGUCUUGGUGAAGCAGCAAAAGCGCAAUAAGUUAUCAACUAACUUUUCUCCCCAACCAUAUACGGUGACGGCCAUCAAGGGUUCCAAGGUUGUAGCAGAAAAUAAAGACCAUCGGAUCACCCGAAAUUCUUCAUUUUUUAGGAAACUUAAUAAGGAAAAGCGGAUGGCAGAAGAAGAAGACGACGAAAUGCCGGUAGCUAGAACGAGAGGAAGUGAAGUAGAAAAUGCCGGGGAGAUACAGCAAGAGGAACAACAUUGUAGUGACUACGUCUCUAUGACGUCACGGACAUGA